UUUAAACGUUCAUGUGGCCAGAGGAAGGUCGGUCGCGUCCAGUUGAAGAGCGCGUCUUGUCGCUGUUCCUCCGCGCGUAAAAAAUGCGUAAAAAGCGAAAUGAUGAAGAUUUGCAUCUCAGACCGCCAAACCCGUCCCAUGGCUCGGCCGCAGUAGCAGCUACAGAGGGCGGCGGAGCGGAUCCAGAACCCGUCGGUGCAGCUGGAGUCUCGGCGAAAACAUCCCGUUCGAACUCCACCGGAGGAGAGCCGGACUCCCCGUCCUGGUCCAGAGCCAGCCUAGGCGUGUUUCAGACCAGGUCGAUAUUUCACCUCCCUCGCCGCUCCUCCAGUGGUUAUUUCUCCGCCGAUGGUUCCGACUCGGUGCCGAGCUCCCCGCUCUCACCGAAGCGGCUGACGGCUGACAAAACCACGCAAACUCCGAGCCCGAGCGGCCAGGUGAUCAGACACGCACUGGAGCGCAUGGCCGGUGAGGCGCACAGAGGAGGACCGGAGACGCAGCGGCAGCAGCACGGACUGUCCCUCAACCCCUCUAGCAUUCGGCGGAGAAACGCAGCAGGGGCCAUGCAUGAAGAGGCGUUCGGACGAGAGCUCCAACGUAUUGGAGACGAGUACAACAGGCUUGUCCUGCAGAGGGCAGAAGAUAGACGUCCUGGGAUUUAUCUCAACUUGAUGCCAAACAUCCACCAGGAGCCCGUCACUGUGCUCUGCUUCGGCUUCCUGCUCCUCCUGCUUGGACGGAUAAUAUACUUGCAAGGCAGUACGAACAGCCAUGAUCUCUCUCAGGUUUAGCCUUUGGAAAACCCAGCAGACGUAGCAAUGUUCUGAAAUAUGUAUGUUUUUGGAUCUGUCCAGUCUUGAUGGUUCUUUUACGUUUUGGGGACCUUUUUUUCUCCCGUUUUCCCGGCCGACUUUGGACUGUGUUGGUUUUUGGAAGGAACUCUAAAAUGCUGGGAUUGGAGGUUUUGCACCGCUGUUUUUCCUUCACGGCCUCUGAGCCUUUGUGAUACAACCAAAGAGGCGAGAUUUUGCACUCCUUUUUUAGCGUGGGGGCGGUCGUGUCACCUAAAUAUGCCUCCGCGAAAUGGCGCCUGUGGAAAUUCAAAUGUGCCUUGUACAGUUUCCUGUUUACUUUUUCAGCUUCUUUGUGAGGCAUUUGUUGUACAGAGAUUAUGAGUCCCUCGGGUGAUCAACGCCGCAGACCCAGGGUUGUAAAAUUACGUGGGUCCAGCCUGCAAAGUUUCCCUCUGACGGUUUCACAUCACAACUGCAGUCAAGUCAGGUUUGAAUCCAGCUUGCAACAGACUCAUGACCUGUGUGGGAACCAACUGGACCAAAGUUUGCAUUAUUAUUAUCCAAUGUUUUUACCACAGUGUUCCCAAACUACUUUGCAAUUUUUUACUUUUUGUUACCAUGAAAUGCAUAUCCGCUUAUGCCUGCUUUGUAAAUUGAUGUGAAUUUACGGCACACCAGCGUUUUUAGACACAGAAAUGCAAAACGGCCUGCUAAUUUGGGUACUAUUUAGCACAGGCAUUGGCUCAAGAGAUCUUGGAGUGACAUGGAUUUUACUUGUACAGCUGAAGCUCCACAGAAAUAAGUAGAUGCACCAAGCCUGUAGGGUUUUUAAAUACAUUUCUUUGAAUUUCUGUUGGUUUAAAAAACAUAUAUAUGACAGAAAAUGCAUCCUUUAUCCCUGUAUUUCGUGAUUUCUUUGCACCGUGUUAUACACCAUUUGGUACACAAUAUGACCGGUUAAUGCCUGAACACAACUUGCUGAUGCAGAUUUUCCAGAUUUUCAUUCAGUUAACCUUUCAAAAAAACUCGUAUCUCAUGAAUAGUAAGUCAUUACCAGCCUACUGUAGUUACAAUAACAUCAGAAUUGGUUUUACCUCCUGAUACUACCUAUUUAUAUGGAUUUCUGAAAGCAUUAACAGGUUCCAUCUUGGCUCAAGUUGUAUUCAGCAUUAAAACGAAGAUUUUGCACGUUAAAACCCAAAAGCAGGAGCUGAUUGCUUCGCUUGUUAAUGCAAUAAUAACUUUUGAGUAACUGUUACUUAGCUUCCCAAUCAGCAGAGUGACGUAGAUGAACAAAAUCAACAGAAAAACCACGUCAGUCAUUCAAACCAGUAAGUAGUGUCAUUUCUCGCUGUCCCGUUUACUCAUUCUCCAGCUCAUUGACAUUAAUACUCAGAGAGUUUUCCUACAAUAACUGAUCAAGCUGUACUCUCUUCCGCUGUUCUUUCUUUGAGCCUCUGGUUCUGCCAUCAGCAGCCAGAGUGAAUGUAGGCGGCGAGUAGUUUGUUGACAAGGUCACGUUAUCCGUUUAUUAGCUCAGUGAUUCAGACCCGGCCAAGUCUCCUCACGCCUGCCAGGUCAUUAAACACUCAGAUUGCUGGAUACAAACCAAACACUGAAUAAUGCAGUCAAAAAGGCGUUUGUCACUUGCUGGUUAGCCAACAGUAACACGGCAAACAGUGGUGAUACAGGGUUCAGAUUAAGUCCAGUUUUUCUUAUCUUUGAGCUCUUUAUACUCAUUGAGCUCUCAUGUUGUGUCAGAAAUUUCCACAAGUAGGCCAUUGUUUUGUCAUGAUUACUAAAAUACACGUUACACCUGAUUCCACCUGAAUGACAGAAAGAGAAAGAGCUCAGUACGUUCUGGAAACCUUUUAUGCAACAACACCAAAAAUGAAAUGCUUGUUCAAUUGUAUGCACGAAUAUCUGUGUUUUUUCUGAUUAGGAGAUAAAUAACUUCACUUUGUUAACCUUAAACAACAUUUGCUUUUUGAAUGUACGGUUGUGGAAGAAAAUCAUGCGAGAAAAGAUUCGACUGAAGCAUUUUGUACAACUGAGAGUGCAUUUACAACAUGAGAGCCUGGGGAAUCAACUGUGUGCUACAGUUUAUUGGAGAUGGGGAAGUUAAUAAAAUGUUCGUUAAGCAAAUCAAGCAGCCACUGAAGUCUUUUUAAGAUUUGGAAAUUCUUUGGCAAAGAAUAUAUCUUAUGGUUUUUAUUUUUUAUGACACGUGAUUCCUGCUGUUCACCUUUGUGGCCACAGGGGGCAGUAGUGAGAUUGUGACUCUUAAGAGAUGAGAAAAUGAAUUUCCCCACCUCCCUUAAGUAAAAAUGCACGACAUAUUCCUCGAUCUUUGUCAUGCUUUGUAACUAAAUAUGUUUAAAGUCCAUGAAUAAUAGGAACAUUGGCCAAAGAGAAUUGUGCAGAGGUUUUGUUUUCUGGGUUAUUUUAGGUGGUACAGGUGAAAUUCUGUGCCAUUAUUUUGUGUUUCCUUGAUUGGUACCAAUAAUUAUAAAAUCACAUCAGAUAAACGGUGUCUAUUUCAACCCAACUGGAAAAAAAAUGUGAACGUAAUUAGUCGUUUAAUGGUCAUAAAGUAUUUCCAUCACUGUUUCUAAACUCCCUGUGAGGUUAACCAGACGAGAACUGUAAAUGGAAGCCUGUUGUAACACAAUCAAUAAUCAAACAUACGUUACGUGCUUGGAUGUUUGCACAGUUGUGUCAACAGCGACGAUUAAGAGCGAUCCCUCCAUUCAUCAGCCCUGCAGAAACAUUUCAGCUCAUCUGUGUAAUCUCAUGUUUUAAUGGUGUUAAAGUAUCUGCUCGGCCGCCGUGACUUCUUCCUGCAAUGAUGUGAUGGAUUAGCAUCACAAACUGAAGGGUGUUGACGUUUUGUUCAUGGAGGAAUAAUGUACAGAUUUGGGGGAUUACUGGCAGCGGAGAUCCUUAAAAAUGAUCCACCUCUGACAGCAGUGUUACAUAGAUCACAUGUGGAGUCAUAAAUGCUGCCAGUACGACUUACUGGACUGAUGCGUACCAUGAAAAACACAAAACCACCAUUAAGAGAUCCACACAGCUCCAUUAGCGACGCUCAGUUUAGUGUUUCCAGCAGCCAUAUGUGCCCCCUCCUGGAAAACAAGCACCACAGUCCAAAGAGUUAAACUUGUGUCAUUUCGUCCACGUUUAUUUUCAACCACGCCCUAUCACACUACUCUCUGUUUCCGUACGUCUUAUCCUUCCCUGCUGGAGAGACGUUUCAGAUAUCAUGCGACUUUCCUCCGCUGUGACACUGAGAGCGCUGUGACUGCACGCUGACUUUCUGAUAUUGUGCCAUGUGAAACCUACAACCUCAUUUUGAAGUACUGUAUGACAGCCGGAGUGUGAGAGGAGGGAGAUGGCAGGGGAGGAAACCGAGAGGUGAAUUACCAACUUCUGAAACCGAUAUGGAAACCCGGUGAUGUGCUCGAUCUCCGCCUGUCGUUUGGAGGUGUUAGAGCUCAGAAACACUUGAGGGACAUUCAGGGUUUUACUGACUCGCAUCAACACUGCUGGAGCUGCUUUAGUAAAAUGCCAUUUUUGUAUUUGUCUGGGCUUUUAGCGUUGGUCAAGCAGGAGCAUCAUUCAAAGUCGAUUUUCUACCAUCAUGUGGGAAAGUGAGUUGGAAAUUUUUGGCUUUCUGUGACACAUUUGAAUCAGUUAACACUUGAUUUUCUUUGAUACAGAGUCUACUUGUUGAGGAAUAUUAGCUUUGAAGAGGAAAAACAACAAAUGUGACAUUCUUUUGUGGAAACAGGAAGUAAACCUUUGGCAUCAGAAGCUAGUUCGGACUGGACUUGCUGAAUUUUGGACCACUCAACCUGCAAAUUUAAAAGUUGUUUGAGGGUUUUCUUGUUUCAGAUCUCCUCACAGCUUCUCAAACAAACCUUAGCUUUUACUGGACCACUUAGUAAAUUUAAUUUCCUCUCUCUGAGCCAUUUCUGUACGGAUUUCGUGGUGUGUUUAAGGUCAUUAGCCCGCUGAAAAAUCCACUUCAGCUUCUGGAUUCACAUUAUCUUGAUCGGAUGCAGACUUAUAGCAACUUGAAAACACGACGUUUCUGGUUCUUCUCCUCUAAAGUCGCCAAACAUGUCGACUGUUUCUGUGUUUAAGCCACUAAAUCUGGCCUGGUCUUUACCUGCAGUGUGUUGGGUCAUUUUUGAACAGAAAGGUCUUUCUUCCUGAUACGCCUAACAUACAAUUUGUGCAAUAUCUUUGUGAUUGUAGACGCGUGCACUUUGACACCAACACUUGCAGGUUUACCUGCAGAUCCUGUGAUUAGAUUCUGGUGUUUUUUGGACAUUUUUUUGAAAGGAACAGCCUCCCUUUGAAUGAAUUUUCUGGAGCGAGUCAUUUUUAAUCUGAUCUAAAUCCUCUUCCAGACUCACAGGAAUCCACAACAGUUUUUUUCCACCUGAAGGUCAAAUAUCUCUGUAGAAAAGAGAACAGCAGAGGUUUAAAUCAGACAGUUUCCACUUUUCACCCAACAAAUUGUGAUAAAUACAAAGUUUAUUUAUUCCCAUUCUCAAAGCGACACAAAAUAUCAUCUUUGUGUCCUGUGUUUAACCCUCGUGUCGUCCUGUGGGUCAAAUUGACCCGUUUUAAAGUUUGACAAUGUGGAAAAAAUAUACUUUUAUAUCCACAUUUUCAGCAUUUUUGGGGAUUUUUUUUUAGUUGGAAAAGGAAAUGCUUUAAAGAAAAGUUUCUUUUAGAACAUUCACAUAAAAAUCAACCAACAUCCAGCAAAUUUCGCUGGAUUUUGUUAGAUUUUUAUGUGAAUGUUCUAAAAGAAAAUAUUAGAAGUUUUACUGAGUUUUCUAAGUUUUCUACAUUUUUAGAAUUUUUUUGGAAGAUUUUUGCUCAUUUUUUGAAAAUUUUCUUCCUGAAGGUUUUGCAAAUUUUCAGAAAUUUGGGGAAUUUUUUUGCUGAAUUUUUAGAUUUUUUUCAGACGAGGAAACAAUAUUUUUGGUGCCUGUAAAUGAGGACAACAGGAGGGCUGAGUAAAGCCACUGUUUCUAAGAGAAUUUUGUUUGCAAAUGUGUCAAAAAGCCAACAAUUCAUUCUAUAAUCACUUUUCCAUGUGAUCGUUUUAGCAGGAAAAUCUAAAGAAAAGCUGAAUUUGAGCUGUUGAAUGAUUGAACACACAAAGGGGCGCCAGAGACGCUGUGGCGUGUCGUGCUUUCGCUGCAAAUGUUGUAUAAAGUAACUCAUCUGUUGGAGUCGGUUUGUGCAGAAACUGAAACAAACUAGCCCAAAUGACUCCAAGCGACCCAGUAAAGCUGUAGCAACGUGUCCUUUUUUUUGUUAAUAAAUGUUAUUGUACACUGAAAAUAUUGUAAUAAUGAAUCAGAAUGGUUUUUGAUUGCUGUAAAAUGCUUUUACAUCUUUUUACAUUAAACGGAAUAAGCAGUU